AUGGGAAGAACUCCAUGUUGUUCUAAAGUUGGAAUGAAAAAAGGACCAUGGUCUAUAGAAGAAGAUAUGUUGCUCACUAAUUACAUUCACCUACAUGGUGAAGGUAAUUGGAGAUCUUUGCCUAUGAAUGCUGGACUUGUUAGAUGUGGUAAAAGUUGCAGAUUAAGAUGGGUGAAUUAUCUUCGACCAGGUAUUAAGAGAGGAAAUUUUAGUCCAGAGGAAGAUGAUCUUAUUAUACGUCUUUAUUCACUUCUUGGUGGUCGAUGGUCCCUGAUAGCCGGAAGAUUGUCAGGGAGAACUGAUAACGAGAUCAAAAAUCAUUGGCACACUAAUCUCUUGAAGAAACUCAAGGCAUCAGGAAUCGAACCAAAACCUAAAAAAUCCACUCCAAAACGAACUACUAAAAAGAAAUGUAGACAAAACAAAGAAGAGAAACGACGAAGAAAAGGAAAAAAGUCAAUGAAGACAGAUAAUCUGCUACAACAGGAGGUCGAAAAGCGCGAGAACCGGAUGGAAAAAGAUGAAGUAGUUGAGAAGAUUCAAGUGCAUAUUCCAAAACCAAUAAGGCUUAUUCCACUUGGAUGUUCAUAUUCUUCUUCAAGCCAAAGUGAUUUUCAAGAUAAAAUUGGAGAAAAUGAUGAAAUUUGUAGUUUACAGCAACAUACUUAUCGGUUAUCACUCCAAUACAAUUCUUUUAUCUAUAAUAUUGAAUGUCAAACAACAUUUUUUGGUACUUUCAAAUUCAUAGCAUUCACUCAAAAAACUUUCGAAUGUGAAAUUGGUUUUCAUAUAUUAUAUAGUAUUAAAGUAAGAUCAAUCGCUAUUUGA